AUAUUUUUUUCUUAAUUACUUGCAAGUUUGUAUAUCUACAUGUAAUAUUUUUAUGUCUGUUUAUACUGAGCUAUGUGUUUCUUAACACAACUUGCGUUGCUGUGUAUCGGGCACGUCCUUGGAAUAGAAAAUCUAGCAUUACACAAGCCUACUUGGGAGCGGUAUCCAUGGCCAGACAGAGAAAGAGACUUUGGUAGUGAGAAUGCAGUGGAUGGAAUGUACUUUGAUCGUGGAACCAAGGGUCAGUGUACAAUAUCUGAUGAUGGAAGAUACAGUGCAACAUGGGGAGUAGACCUUGGAAGAAUGGUCAGCAUCCGUUAUAUUGACAUAUAUUACAGGACAGAUAACAGAGAGAACAGUAGCUAUAUAGAAAGGAUUGCAGGUUUUUUUGUCUAUGUAUCCAACACAACCUCUAAAGACGAUGGUUAUCUCUGUUAUCAUGAUAAAUCAACAGAACGAAACCUAUUUCUAGUAGACCAGCACAUUAACUGCACCCUUCUAGGACGAUAUGUCAUCUACUACAAUGAACGUAGACAAGGUGUUGUGUACCCUAGCUUCUACUCAGAAUAUGCUUUUAAUGAACUGUGUGAAGUUGAAGUCUACGGGUGUAAUGGAACCUUUGGAGACAAUUGCAUUUACCCAUGCCCACAAAACUGCUUAGACAUGAGGUGUGAUACCGAUACUGGUCACUGUUUACGCUGUGUCCCAGGAUACAAGGGUCCAAUAUGUAACCAAGUUAGAGCAACUAACACACAACUUAGCUGCACCAUUGUAAUCGUCUUGGUAUCAGUUCUGAUUGUUGUCACAGGAAGUAUGGUAAAUUUUGUCAUCUGGAAAAGAAACGCUGCCAAAAUAAACAGAAAGAGCCAGGGGAAUAUACCGCAACCUUCAAGCAAAAGAGGUACACUAAAAGAAUCUGAAUGAAGUUGAGUUACGAUAAGCGUCAAAUCUCAAAUUUGUAAAAAAUUGAACACAAUUUUUAUUAAGAAAAAAUACCUUGAAUGUGCUCUAAAACUCAGCAUUUAAUACAAUACUUAAAAAAAAUUCAUAAAAUAUAAAACUAGUUUAGCACCAUGAACAAAUGAAACUAAAAAUGAGUGAGAUAUUUUGACUAAAUUUUCAGAGAAAAAGGAUCAUCAAUAUACAGAACUUGAAGAGGUGGACAAAAGCAAGACAUAUGAGGAAAUUCACAGUUAUCAUAACUGAGACCGCCAGUAACCGAACGUUCUUGGAGAGAUUUUCAACAAAGAGCUAGAGCAACAAAGCAUCAAAAUGUGUGCUGUUUGGCACAUACGCAACAUCAAACAUACCAUCGUCCUGAAAAAUUCGUGUGAAUUGUAGAUUUAACUGCAGUAUGUGCAAAUGUGAAUGUGGCCACAUUUGAGCACCUCUUUGAAGCUUCUAAAACUGAGAGAUAUU